UUUACUUUGACAGCUAAUGCUAGCAGCAUGUUAGCUAACUGAUGCUAACGAGCGGAAACUCUUCAGAUAACGCUAGUAUGUCAGUGAAAUAAUCUACGCCAACACAACGGAGUGACUUCGGAGUUUGUUUUUUGUGGUGAAACGUGACUGUUUGACUAUGUUUUCGUCUACCUGGAAUUUUAUAAAACGUCACAAAAGGAAAUUUAUUUUCGCCGGAGCCGUAGUUGGUGGUGUUUACUUCCUGGGUAAAUAUGCCCAAAAGAAGAUCCGAGAGAUCCAGGAGAAGGAGGCCAACGAGUACAUCGCACAGGCCAGACGACAGUUUCACUUCGAGAGCAACCAGAGGACCUGCAACAUGACAGUUCUGUCCAUGCUCCCCCCGUUAAGAGAAGCCAUCAUCCUUCAGCUCAACUCAGAGACUCUGACAUCACUGCUCAAAACCAAACCAGCGAAUAAACUGGAGAUCUGGGAGGAUUUAAAGAUCAUCAGUUUCACACGGACCAUCGUGGCCGUGUACAGCACCUGUAUGUUGGUGGUUCUGCUGCGGGUUCAGUUGAACAUCAUCGGAGGAUACCUGUACCUGGACAACUCCAUCGGCAGGAACACCACGAGUCCUCUGGCACCUCCUGAUGUCCAGCAGCAGUAUCUGUCCAGUAUACAGCAUCUACUGGGAGAUGGUCUGAUCGAACUGAUGACAGUGGUGAAGAGAGCGGUUCACAACGCACUGGGAGGUGUGUCUCUGAAACAGUCCUUGUCUCUGCUGGAGUUGGAGCAGCAGCUCAGUUGGAUCCGGGCCGAGGUGGAGUCUGGUUCUGAGCGUCCGUUGUCCUGGUACAUGUUGGCGGAUGGAGAGAACGCCCUCUCCGACCAGGCCUGUGGUCUGAGCCCAGACGACGUCAUGACCAUCAGACUGUUGAACGAAACCAGAGACAUGUUGGACAGUCCAGACUUCACCACCGUACUUAACACCUGUAUGAACCGCGGCUUCUCCCGUCUCCUUGACAACCUGGCCGAGUUCUUCCGACCGCCUCCUGGUGACUCCACCCCCAGCUCCGCCUCUGAUAGUCUGUCAGCGGUCAGUCUGCCUUUGGCCAAAAUCAUCCCCAUCAUGAACGGUCAGAUCAACAGUAUCUGCAGUGACACGCCCUGUCACCUGGUCCAGGAUUUGCUGAUGAACGAGCAGGUGAAGGAUUUUUCCGCCAACGUCUACGAGUCGUUCAGUUCUCCUCAGGAUCUGCAGAAGUAACUGCGGCGACCGAGGGGGCGGGGUUUAACAGAGACCGCCCCGCCCCUCCUCCUCUGAUCCACUCACAGACUCUUCUGCUCGCUCGUCUCCGUGACGGCAGCAGGAUCUGAAUCCCGACCGUGAUGAGGCCUCGCAGCGGCGGCUCCACCACCGCCUCCUGUGAUUGGCUCAGAGCCCCCCGCUGCAUCAUGGGAAGUGGAGUCUGAUUGGAUGUGGUAACGAAUGUGGGCGUGACCGUCGAUUUCAGAGGUUGAAUGUGGUGCACUUUUGGGUUCUGUUCCCUCUGUUUUUCUCGUGCCGGGGUUUGGAUAUUUUUUCUAAUGUUCCUGUUUUUAAAGCUCAGUUUGAAUUUGGACAUUAUUGGAUUUAAAAAUGUUCAAGGGUUGAAAUAUGGAAGUAAAUCUGUCUCAUCAGAUUUUGAAUUUUAAAAGCCACUGAAUUUCUAGCACUGAAUUUUUUUUGCACUGAAAUUAAGUAUCUGAAUUUUUUGUCUCU